AUGCCUCCAGCUGAAGACUCCGAUGAUUUCAUGGCGGCACUUGAUGCUGCAGAGGACACAGACUCUGAGUCUAACAAUGAUGAGCGCGACUCUGAUUCUGACACAGGGAACGAUCUUAGGAGCCUGAGGAUGAUAUUGGCAGUUCCUCAGCCAGAUGCACCUAUGCAUGAAGUUCGUAAGGCUCUCAAAGUAGCACAACAAGCGUACACCAAUGUGCGGUCUGAGUUGCGGGUUCUCAGGAAGGAAUAUGCUACACUCCAGGCUGCCAUUCCUGCCCAUAGGCACAAUCAAGUGCUCAAGAAGACAUCUGCCAUUGACAGCGACAUCAGCCAUGCAGGCAAGAUCAAUUCGUGCUGGUCCUCACCUGAUGUGAAGCUCAAAGGUGCCAUGGCUGAGCUAUACCUCUGUGUACCCAAGACUCUGCACAAGGCGAUGGAAACUUACACACAGUUUGGACCAUUGUUUCACACCGCAGUUAGCUCUGAAAGAUCAAACAUCCUGCACGUCAUCAAGGAUUGUGCCGGUUUGAUCUUCUCUAGUUUGAAGCUCAAUCCCACCAUUUUUACUGACAAGCCCUCUAAAAAGAAAGAAAACAAGCAACUCCUUGCGCUUCUCAAGAAGAACGGAGAAGGAGAGUAUACAUGUCUGGCACCCAUAUUAUUCAAGGACCCCGGGGAAAUUGUUCCUGAUGACUUUCCCAAGUCACCCGUCCUUGUCAAAAUUCAGUUCAUGCAGAUUAUUUGUGUUGAAAUCUUUGGGAAGGCUGUGCUCUCUGGAAAGACCAAGGGGCAUCCAAAGGCCAGGGGCCAGCGCUGGGCCACACAGUGCAUGACAGAAGGUUUGAUUGUGGCCGCUGCGAUCUUGGUGCGUUUCUUAUUGUCACACAAUCAUGAACUUAUGGCGACUGGACCGGCCACGAAGGUUGAGUACCAGCGGGAUUUUGACUUUUACCUCGAACAAUUAUUCAAAUGCAGCUCGUGGGCAAUCAGCAUCAUGGACUACUACAACAAGGAGUUAGAUUCAGAAGCUCCUGCUCUUGCACCACCACCUGCUCCCAUUUGCAUUCCACAACACGCUCCCGCUCCUGCUCUCAGGGAGGGGCCACCUCUGCCUCCACCACCAUUGACACUCAGCCAGCUGUCACUCCAGGACAGCACCACAUCCAAGGGCUGCAGAGUGCCAGCAGCUGCUCACAAACGUCACACUGCUAUUCAGCAAGCUCAACUCGCAAUAGACUCAGAUGCGGCCCCUCCUCCAGCCGCCAAAUGUGUCACACGUGGUGGCAGCAGAGCUAUCAAGAAGACAGCAGGAAAUAACAUAUCUCCGUAUUAUACGAGUGAACAGACGUGCAUAAUAUCCCGUAUGAUACGGGCCAGCGGACCAUGGGCCGAAGUUAGAUAUAUCCUCAAUUAUGACGGAUGGGCCGGGCAUGUUAUUAUUCCCGAUAGAGAUGGAGUAGAUGAGUGGGCUGAUGGACAUGAAUAUUCAAUAGACGGAUGGGCUGAGGUAGUGGGAUAUUAUGUAGAUGGGUUUACCAAGGUAGAUGUGUAUCAAAUAGCCGGGUAUGUCCUCGAUUAUGAUGGAUGGGCCGGGCGUGUUAUUAUUCCCGAUGGAGACAGAGUAGAUGAGUGGGCCGAUGGACAUGAAUAUUCAAUAGACGGAUGGGCCAAGGUAGUGGGAUAUUAUGUAGAUGGGUAUCAAAUAGCCGGACGGGUGGGCCGAGGGAGUGGUGAAAUAUUUAUUGGAUAUACGGGUGGGCCGAGGGAGCUGUAA